CGUUUUGACAUGUUUGACAAUCUCCUGCACAUUUCCUAUGUUUUCUGUUUAUUUUCCCAUAUUUAUCAGUAAUUCGAACCACAAGAUGCCAAAAGGAUAGCCAACGAGGUUUCAUAAUGGGUUGUGGGGGGAGCAAAGACCAAACAACCCCGGAAAACACUGGCUCCAAGAACCGAAAACCAAAAGUCAGCAUUUUGGUGGAAAAUAAAGUCACACUUCUGGAAGGGAAACCAAAAGUUGUGUUUAUUUUUGGUGGGCCCGGUUCGAAGAAGGGACGAAUCGUAGACGACUUAGUUUCCUCCUACGGCUUCCACUACCUCAGCUCCGAUAAUAUUGUACUCGAAGAACUUCCCAAGAAAGUCAAGAAUGUUGUUGAGAUAUCGAGUACUAAAGAUCUGCAAGAAUGUUUGAAGGAUGAUUCGAGUCGAGUGUCGCUGCGCUGGGUGCUGGAGACUAUGAGGAGUCAAAUGGAGAGAGAAAAAGGCGACGCGUAUUUAAUAGACCUUGUUCCCAAUCUGCGCUUCCUGCUCAAAAUCCAAAACCUUAUCAAAGAUGGCGAGGAAGAGUUAGAAAUAUUUGAACAACAAUAUCCAAUCUCAUUUGCCCUGAACCUGACAGUGAAGAAAGACCAUGUGAUCAAGAAUGUGGAGGUUCACCGCGCAAAAACAGGGAAGGAUCAGAAGGAGUCGGGACAAAGUGAUGAGGCAGACUCUUCCAGGACCCAGAAACGACUGAACCUAUUCGAAGAGAGUGCCUCAUCUUUUAUGGAGUAUUUCAUGAAUAGCCAGCGCCUUGUGACAGUGGAUGUCUCGUGUGGGGUGCCUGACCUGAUCUGGGCCCGAGUCAGUGAAUUCUUCGCAGAAAUGCGCCUUCUUCCAGUGAAAACUGUCAACACUGUCAUAGUAUUUUCAUUCAAUGAAUCAGAUUUUAAACGACUAGAUAUGCAGCGAUACUGCAUGAAUCUCAUCGUCCUGCGGGACAUUGUAGAGGACCCCUUUGAUUCAGUUCCCAAACUUUUACAAAUAUUAUGUGAUGCAAUCGACAAGUCUCCAGCAAACAUUGAGUCGUUUGCAGUGAAUCUUUCUGGGACAUCGGUGGAAAAACUAGUGGACAACUGCACAAAUAACAAACAUUCAAUCAUAUUCGUCGACGAAACUGAACGAUUCCUGGACAAUUUCAUUUAUGUGACGGCAAAGAAACCAGUACGUCGGAUUAGCUUAUUCUCCUUGCAAUAUAAGACAAUUAGUUCAACCGAAAAUGAGGUCUGUUUAUUUCCAAUGGAAACAAAUAUAGAACUGUGUCGGCAUAUUGCAGUGACUAUGGCCGAAAUGCGCCACUCACCAAAAUGACGCCAGAGGAACAGAGGUGUGCUGGAAGGCAGGAGUUCUGCCUUUGAGAUUCUGUGAAUGACUCGAUGGAUGUUGACAAUCAUGGAUGGGAUGACAGAAGCAGACUCCUGUCCAGCUGGUUGUUGUGUUAUGAAGUUCACAAACAGACCUGACCUUCUAGGAAUUGUGUAAAGAGGAUAAGAAUUUGUAAAAAAAAACAUUUAUGUGACCAGAACCCUUCGAAAGAUCUUGUUGAUCUCUUACUAUGUUACUACAAAUAACCUUUUAUUGACAUCAUCACUGCCGCAUCAGACAGUAAAAUGACACUGCUCUAAAUGAGGUCAUCAAUGUAAUGAUGUGGAGUUCAUUUUACAUGCAUGUUGUGGGUGAUGCAUUGGACAGCAAAUACACGAUCAAAUACUGCAAAAUGACAACAUUAAAAUGCGGUAGCACUGUACAUCCUCUAGAGGCCAGGGUCACAGUACGGUAUUGGCAUCCCGCUCGACAGUGCUUGCCAUAUGCAAGUGUAGGAUUGUUAAGUCAAGUGAUGAAAGCACCCCGAGCCUUAUGUUCUCUGAAGUUAUCAUACGUACCAGAACAGUGUGUCUGGCAGUGUAAUACAUGUACGUCAUUGUUGACAUCGUGUAAACCAUGUAACUGUCUCAUGUGAUACGCACUAUGCACUUGCCCCGAUUAUUGUCUGGUCACAUAACUUACCAAAACUAGUCGUGUUUUUGAAAUUCACAGGAAAUGUAUCUGAUCAAAAUAAUCAUGUGUUUGUAUAACUCUGUAUUCUUUGGUGUUGAAAAAAUUGUGCAGGGUUAUGCCAGACAAGACAGGUGUCAUUAACAUGUAGACCUGUUGCAAAUGAAAAUAAGCCCAGACACCCAAUGGUCGGCUUAAACCCAUGGCCUGCACACAGUAUAUUGUUACAUGUAGAUUUGCCAAAUAUUAUAAUAUUGAUGUAUAUGAUAAUUGUGACUUUGUACAUGUAUUUUGUUUAAAAAGUAUUCAUAUAUUCGAUAUAACACUGUCUAAUGUGCUAACUUAAGACUGUGAGCUAUUCACUCUGUCAUAUGGGGUUUUAACCAGGACUAUUUUACAAGUGCACUGCAAAUUUAUUAGCGAAAUUUAAGUUACAGAGAUGAAUAUUUAACAAAUACUCACACAUUCUCCCUAGGUACGACCAUCUUGGUCACUCUGUCUGUAUGCUGGAAAGCCCUGGCUAGAACCCUGAUAAAUCACACCUAUGCCUUUGAGUUUGUGAAAAUAUUUUUUGAUGAAGUGUUUAGAUCAGAUGAAAUUAGAAAAAUCUUAAGUUGAAUAAUGCAUUUUCGACACAAUGGCUUCUGUGCAUUACACGGCACGCCUUGUCAUUGCAUGCAAAUAUGUGGCCUUACAUGAUAUGUGUUGAUAAGUACAAAGAGAUUAGUAUUGUCAUGAUGCUGGCGCAACAUUGAUUUGGCUCAAAUGUAUCAUCACUGGGGCGGACCCAUUUCCCCAUGAGGGUUUGUUGACUCUGGCACAGCUCUCCUUCUCCACAUUGAGGCCAACAUAAUGUAAAUCAUGUCUAUUCUGACUCUGUCAAUUUGGGUAGUUUGGGGCUCUCAUCUGUAACCUUGGGGUCUAAUGAGAAUGCUCAUACUCAGAAUACUCAUAAAGUAAAUCAAAUCAGGUUCUCUUCUAUCUCGGAAAUCAUUCAACUCCUGCAUUUAUUUAUAUUUCAUUAAAGUAUUAGGAAUUUUUGGUACAUUUCGUGACAUCUAAAGCAGUAUUUCGUAUCAUUAAAGCUGACAGGUCAAAUAGGCCCCCCUGAGUAUGACUGAAGCCAGCACACGGUAAUGUCUGCACAAAGAUUGGCUCUGCUUGUAGUUGUGCACUGAAGGUAAUGGCCAUAUUCUGUAAAAGAUCCAAAUGCACAUCAUGAAUAUUCCUGAGUGCUCGCCUUUGGCUGUACUCAAGGAUAUAUUUUACCCGUCAGCUUUAAACCUUCUGCAACUAACGGCCAGUAUUUUAAAACUAGUCACAGUGGUUUAAUAUGAAUGCUUACAAAUGUAUUCUUUGUAUAUUUGUUGAGAGUAUUUUCUAUAUAAUGGGUGUACUAUAUAAGGAAUCAGUCGUUGCAUUUUAUUUUGCAUAAAAGCUUGUCUAUGACGUCAGGUCUGGUCAAAUUUUCAAGUUAGUCUUUAACUGAUCCGUGUUGUCAAAGGUGAUAUUUGUGAUAUUAAUAGAUAUUAUAUCAACACAAUAUUUAUUGCAAUAAAAUAGUUUUAAUAGCAAUCA